AUGGCAUGGGCAAUUCCAGUACGACAGGAUGCAACAUCAAAUUUGGAAAACGGUAAGGCAGUCAUAACACAAGGGAGGGAAGGUGAAGAUCCUGAUCCCGUCAUUCGUGCUCGAAGGGAGUUUGUUAAGCAGAUGAUGAAGGACGCAUGGGAUGAUUAUGUUAUGUGGGCAUGGGAAGACAAUGAACUAAAACCCGUCUCACAGACUGGCCAACAUGGCGAUAUUUUCGGAGAUUCCAGAAUCGGGGCGACAAUUGUUGACUCUCUGGACACCCUGUACAUCAUGGAAAUGAUGGAAGAGUACGAGACAGCGAGAGGUUUCGUGGCUAAUCAGUUGGAUCUCAAUAAUGCUACAGUUUCCGUGUUUGAAACCAAUAUCCGAUUUGUGGGUGGAUUUUUAUCAGCUUAUGCAUUAACGCAAGAUACAAUUUAUAGAGAUAGAGCUCUUGAGAUUGCAACAAAACUCUUGCCUGCGUUCGACACGCCAACUGGGAUUCCCUACUCCCAUGUAAACGUUCUUACUGGGGAGCCUAGAAAUAAUGUCGAAUCUGUCUUAGCCGAAUUUGGAACACUUCACCUUGAAUUUGUCUACCUCUCUGAAAUCACUGGCAAUCCAAUUUUCCGUGAAAAGGUGGAAACAAUUCGUCAAUUCUUGAAGCAAAUUGAGAAACCGAAUGGUCUUUAUCCAAAUCAUUUGCACAUUUUUGAAGGAAGAUUUACAGAUGAUCACGUAUCAAUCGGAGCUCUUGGAGAUUCUUAUUACGAAUAUUUGUUGAAAGCUGCAAUUCAGUUGAAUGAUGGGGAAGGGCGAAUGAUGUAUGAUGAAGCGAUGGAUGGAUUUUUCAACAAUGGCCUCGUCAAAGUUUCCCGACAAAAUCAUCUCUUGUACAUAGCCGAAUCCAGAGGAGGCCAAAUUCAAGAUGUUGUCGGACAUUUGGCCUGUUUCGCUGGUGGAAUGUUCGUUCUAGGAGCGCAUGUUGAUCCCAGUAAUUCCAAUGCAGUUCGUGAUGCCGAAGUUGGCAAGAACUUUACAACAACUUGUCACGAAAGUUAUAUUCGUACAGCUACACAAAUUGGACCAGAAGUCUUCCAAUUCACGGAGACUCUUGAAGCCGAGGCUGGAAAUGAUGAUCAAAGAGGAUACAUUCUUCGACCGGAAGUGAUUGAAUCGUAUUACAUAAUGUAUCGGAUCACGGGAGAUACAAAAUAUCGGGAUUGGGCUUGGGAUGCGGCACAAUCAAUUGAGAGAUAUUCAAAAGCCGGCCCUGGCCGAGGUUACAGCGGUCUGAUAAAUACAAAUUCCGUGAACCCCGUUCAGGACGAUGUUCAGCAAACUUUCUUCCUCGCGGAAACCUUAAAGUACUUGUACUUAAUCUUUAGUACAAACGACCUAAUUUCUCUGGAACAGUGGGUCAUGAAUACGGAAUGUCAUCCGCUCCCGAUAAAAUCGACAAAUUCGUUGUACUGAUUGAGUUAAUAUGUGCAAU